AUGGGUCUGUCAAAUUCUUCGCAUCGCAAAUUGACUCCCUUGCAGAGUCCUAAUCAUUUUGUUGGUUCGAAAGCUCGCUCAUCUCAUCACUGGAAAAAGGGGGCUGCUGUGACUUCUUUGAAAGCGUUGAACGCAUCGGUCUACACCUCCCUUCCAAAGUCGACUGAAGCAAUCUCACAAUCUCUUGCGAGCUUUACAAGGUUUCUGCUCGGAUAUGACAAGAUUACCAAGGCUUAUCCACCCGGACCUACUCCCGAUGAAAGAUGUCAACUCAAACCACUUACUCAAGCUCAUAUCAUGGCUAAUCGAGAGAUUUUCACGACCAACCAAAUGACUGUCGAUGAUGCUGGAGAAGAAAACACCCUUUCAACUUUCAAAAGCUUCUGCCUGCUCGACUUGAAGAACCACGGGAUCAACCGUUUGACAUUUGAUUGGACAAAGCUAGACAGGGAUCAAUAUAACCGUACUAUGGCAUUCUUUAUUGUCAAACAUUGGCAAUACGCCGAAUCACAAGGUGUAUUUGAUCAACAAUCAAUCACUCCGGCCCAGAACACAGAACAAACAUGUAUUGGGAUAGUGCUCCGAUGGAUGCGCGGUCGUGCUGAAGAAAUUCGCCAAGACCGAAGAUCUCCCGAAAAAAACCUCACAAAGGAGACUCGGCGCAAGAAAAGAUUGUUAUUUAAGUAUCGCUCUGAUUCAUUAUCACGUCUUCUCCUUGCCGGUAAUACCUCUUAUGACGCCGCCGAAAUUCUGCCGCAUCACGAUUGUUGCUCUGAUACAGAAUGGCAGCCUGAGAACACGCACUAUCCCUCAGUCGGAUUGACAUGGCGAAGUGAACAAUAUACUAACUUACUUCAUCAGCUCGAUAGACUAAGCUUCAAAUAUUGUUCGUCGAGUAAAGGGAUACGACUGGCCUCCGAACGCUUUGAUCAAUGCCGAACAGUUGCAACUUACACUAAUCCAAAAGGUGCUGUUUGUCCUGGGCUGCCUGAAAAUUGUUAUGAGCCCAUUUUUCUUGCAAGCUUAACUUUGGAAGAAAAGACUGCACUUCAAGUGAAGCCCGUGUCAAGCUUGUUGAAGAAUCUACCAAACCAUAUCCAUAAUUUUUGUAAUUAG